UGGUUGGGAGUCGCGCUGUGACGUAGCGGCGGUGUCAUUCGAUCCCAUGCAAAGCUCUGUAGCUCGAAGACCGAAAUGGAGCGAAGUGGCGUUAUGUAUAGGAAUGCCGGCCUUUAUGCCUUGAAUGCAUAUAGGGCGCCUUGCAGGCAGUUCCUCAGUGGCUCUUGCAGAUUUGGCCCCAGUUGUCACUUCUCACAUGAGCUGCCAUCAAUGCCAAUCUGCAGAUACUUCCAGAAAGGAGUCUGCUGGUUUGGAGACCGCUGCAGGUACCAGCAUGUCCCCCACCCUGGCAGCAUGAUGUCAGAGAGCAGACGGGCCUCUGCUCCAGUUGUCCAACCCCCGACGUGGGGCUUUCACCUGUUGCCAGGGCGCCGUGGCUCUGAGCCCUCCCUGUCGCCCAUCCCGGGAUCCCAGACGUGGGGCCGGCGGCGCUCCGACCCCCUAGUGUCUGGCAUGGUUUUACAGCAGUCUAGCUUUGAGCACCUGCCGACAGACAUCGUUGAAGAGGAAGAGCAUGGGGUCGGUGAGCCUGUUCCCAGGCCUCUGCAGGUGUCAGGGUCGGACUCCGCACACUCCAGCUGCAGUGUGCCCUUUACAGUCUCCCAGUUUGGCUCUGGUCCUGUAUGCAGCGGUUCCCUGGCCACCAGCCCCCUUAUAAUUGAAGCGGACUCCGUUCCCGGCGCAGCAGAGGAGACAAACCAGGGACCCAGUGCUGGGACAGAAACCAUGAAGACUUCCAACCAGCAAGAGAUGGCGGAUGGUGCAGCAGCAACCUUAACUGGGCCUCUGCCUGAGUAUGAGCAGAGCAAGGACGUGGCCUGUGGCAUCUGCAUGGACAAGGUGUACGAGAAGGUUUGCCCCCAGGACAGGCGCUUCGGCAUCUUGCCCAACUGCAGCCAUGCCUUCUGCCUGGGGUGCAUUGUCACCUGGAGGAAGACGAGGGAUUUCCAGGAAGAAGUCAUCAAAGCCUGUCCCCAGUGCAGGGUGAAGUCCCCGUAUUACAUACCCAGCAAGUACUGGGUGAGUGAUGGGGAGCCCAAGCAGACGCUGAUCGCUGCCUUUAAGGAGAAGAGCAGUAAAAUCAGGUGUACCUUUUUCAUGCGACAUGGAUGCUGCCCCUUUAAAUCUGAAUGCAUCUACCGCCAUGACUUACCCAGUGGCUACCAGCCUCGCAGAUGCCGUUCUCCUACGGCUAACCCUCUGCACAUAGGCCUACAGCAGGACCUUGGAGGAGCUUGAUGGUGAGAGCCUACAGCUACUGCACUGCUUCAUCGCUCUGACCCUGUUGGACAGCGACGACUUUCUGGAUGAGGAUGAUGAAAGCUACUUGGACGAUGACUACGAGUCCCUCUGAGCUGUUUCCACCACCUGCUGACCAAGGUUUCCUGUUAAGGGACAAAUCAACCCUGGUAGCUUAGGUGGUUUGGGGGGGGGGACUUCGGUCUGUGCACAAGGUACAGCUAACUUCUUGGGUCAGAUUAUCACCCUCACUGACUUCUGUUCCCCAAAGUUUCCACUUAUUUGUCCGUUUUUGAAUUUGUAACGAUAGCCUGUGGCCAUUUUGUUGAAAUGGCUCAUUUGUUGUACAAAAUGAUUAUCUGAAGAAAAUUCAGAAUGGGGGGGGGGGGGUUAACAGCCAAAUUGUUUUUCUAAUUCAAUGGCAGUAUUGCAGAAAAUGACUGAAUGGUCUGAAUAUGACUUGUUAAAGGUGCUUUUUAAGAUUGUAUAGUGCAAUUAAGUUAAUCGAUCUUGCUAGAUGCAGAGAAGAGGGAAAUCUCUGAAUAUUGUAUUGCUUGUUAUAAUUAAUCCAUUCCAUUAUUGGAAAUAGUGAGUGUAUACUACCUUAAUGUAUGAAACAAGAUUUUAGAUUGCAUUGUUAAUUUUUAUACAUGAACUGAAAUGGAAUGUUAAGUGUCCCCAUCCCACCCAUGCUACUUUUAAAGUCUCCUAAUGUGGGGGGGGAUAACUUUCUAUUAGUGAAAGCCCAGGUGCUUGGUGUCCGACUGUACCAAUGGAGUUCACUUUGAAGGGUUUUUUUAUUAUAUGUUCACAUUGGAAAAAAGAAUAAAACAUUUGUUUCACAAACGUG